UGUCAAACUCGACAUCAGGCUCGAGCCCGGGAUGGUGAGCGGGUGCGCGCGGGUCCCCACACCAGCUCCAUCCUCCGCGGAGUUAUGUUCCUCUCACUGGCCGCUGAGCCGCCGUCAUGGACCGCACGCCACCCGCACUUCUCCUCGCGCUCUUCUCGCUCCUGUGCCGCGGACAGCCGGGCGGACAGCCCUCCAACGAAGUGAACCUGCUGGAUUCCAAAGCCAGUCAAGGGGAGCUCGGAUGGAUUUCCUACCCGUCGCAUGGGUGGGAAGAGAUCAGCGGGGUGGACGAGCACUACACGCCCAUCCGCACCUUCCAGGUGUGCAAUGUCAUGGAGUACAACCAGAACAACUGGCUGAGGACCAAUUGGAUCCCACGCAACUCAGCACAGAAGAUAUACGUGGAGCUCAAAUUUACCUUGAGGGACUGCAACAGCAUCCCCCUGGUCUUGGGCACCUGCAAGGAGACCUUCAACCUGCACUACCUGGAGACGGAUGAGGACAUGGGUGCCAAGUUCCGGGAGCACCAGUUCUCCAAGAUCGACACUAUUGCGGCUGAUGAGAGCUUCACCCAGAUGGAUCUGGGUGAUCGAAUUCUCAAGCUCAAUACGGAAGUGAGGGAGGUGGGACCCAUCACUAAGAAGGGCUUCUACCUGGCUUUCCAGGAUGUGGGGGCCUGUGUUGCCCUGGUGUCUGUACGCGUAUACUUCAAGAAGUGCCCAUUCACGGUGAGGAACCUGGCCAUGUUCCCGGACACAGUGCCCAUGGACUCCCAAUCUCUAGUGGAGGUGCGGGGCUCCUGUGUCAAUAACUCCAAGGAGGAGGAGUCGCCCAAGAUGUACUGCAGCACUGAGGGGGAAUGGCUGGUGCCCAUUGGCAAGUGUCUCUGCAACAUCGGCUACGAGGAGCAAGGGCCAUCCUGCCAAGUCUGCAGACCUGGCUUCUACAAGUCCACCCCCGGGAAUGCGAGGUGCUCCAAGUGUCCCCCCCAUAGCUACACCCACCACGAUGGUGCCGUACACUGUAGCUGUGAGAAGGACUUCUUUCGCGCUGCUGGGGACUCCCAAUCCAUGGCCUGCACCAGACCUCCGUCCCCUCCUGGGAACGUCAUCUCGGUCAUCAACGAGACGUCGGUCAUCCUGGAAUGGAGCUGGCCGGCUGACACGGGUGGCAGAAAGGACGUGACCUUCAAUGUGGUGUGCAAGCGCUGCGGGCCAGGCCAGUUGCAGUGUGAGCCGUGUCGGGGAGCAGUUCGCUUCCUGCCCAGGGCCACAGGCUUGAGGAAUACCACGGUGACCGUGACGGACCUGCUGGCACACACCAACUACACCUUUGAGAUUGAGGCACUCAAUGGGGUCUCCACUCUGGCCCGUGCCCAGCGCCAGUUUGCUGCUGUAACCAUAACAACCAACCAAGCAGCUCCAUCUCCUGUCACGGUCAUCAGGAAGGACAGGACAUCCCGAAAUAGCAUCUCCUUGUCCUGGCUGGAGCCAGAGAGACCCAAUGGCAUUAUUCUGGACUAUGAGGUCAAGUACUAUGAGAAGCAGGAGCAAGAGACAAGCUACACGAUCCUGAGGUCAAAGGGCACCAAUGUGACGCUGAGCGGCCUGAAGCCGGACACCAGCUACCUGCUACAGAUACGGGCACGCACGGCGGCGGGUUACGGCGCCCCCAGCCGCAAGUUCGAGUUUGAGACCAGCCCUGACUCCUUCUCCAUCUCCAGCGAGAACAGCCAGGUGGUGCUGAUCGCCAUAUCCUCUGCCGUGGCCAUCAUCGUCCUGACGGUGGUGCUGUACAUCCUAAUCAGCAGGUUGUGUGGCUACAGCAAAUCCAAACAUCCAGAUGAAAAGAGGCUUCACUUUGGCAACGGCCACUUGAGGCUUCCAGGAAUCAGAACUUAUGUGGACCCACAUACCUAUGAAGACCCCAGCCAGGCUGUCCAUGAGUUUGCCAAAGAGCUGGACGCCUCCGGAAUAACAAUUGACAAGGUGGUGGGCGCAGGUGAGUUUGGGGAGGUGUGCAGUGGACGCCUGAAGCUGCCAUCCAAGAAGGAGAUCUGCGUAGCAAUCAAGACCCUGAAGGCAGGAUACACGGAAAAGCAGAGGCGGGACUUCCUGAGUGAGGCGAGCAUCAUGGGACAGUUUGACCAUCCCAACAUCAUUAGGCUGGAGGGUGUGGUCACUCGGAGUAAGCCGGUGAUGAUUGUGACGGAGUACAUGGAAAACGGUUCAUUGGACAGCUUUCUGAGGAAGCAUGACGCUCAGUUCACGGUGAUCCAGCUGGUGGGCAUGCUGCGUGGCAUCGCCUCGGGCAUGAGGUACCUCUCCGACAUGGGCUACGUGCACCGCGACCUGGCCGCCCGUAACAUCCUGGUCAACAGCAACCUGGUGUGCAAGGUGUCCGACUUCGGGCUGUCGCGGGUGCUGGAGGACGACCCGGAGGCCGCGUACACGACGAGGGGCGGCAAGAUUCCGAUCCGGUGGACGGCACCGGAGGCGAUCGCGUAUCGCAAAUUUACUUCAGCCAGUGACGUAUGGAGUUAUGGCAUUGUGCUGUGGGAAGUGAUGUCGUACGGGGAGAGACCCUACUGGGAGAUGUCCAAUCAGGAUGUGAUCAAGGCAGUGGAUGAGGGCUACCGCCUGCCCCCACCCAUGGACUGUCCUGCGACGCUCUAUCAGCUGAUGCUUGAUUGCUGGCAGAAGGAACGGAACAACCGGCCCAAGUUUGAGCACAUAGUCAGCAUUCUGGAUAAGCUGAUCCGGAAUCCGGGCAACCUGAAGGUCACCGCCAACACGGCCUCCAGGCCGGCCAACACGCUGCUGGACCGGAACAGCUCAGACAUGGCCUCCCUCCGCUCUACAGGGGGCUGGCUGGACAACGCGCGGACCCUGCCCUGCAAAGACGCCUUCGGUGGGGUCGGCUACACUUCCUGUGACACCCUGACCAAGACCACCGCUGAGGACUUCAAAAAAGUCGGCGUGACGAUCAUAGGACCUCAGAAGAAGAUUGUGAGCAGCAUCAAAGCACUUGAAACGUACACAAAGAACGGCCCUGUUCCUGUGUAGACCUGCGAGACACUGUCGCUGCUUUCGCUUCCGUAGAUGGGAUUCAAUAUUUAAUGGAAAAGAGAAAAUAGAAAUAAAUAAAUAAAUGAAAGGUGACCUUUAGAAAGUCAAGGGCAAUUUCCUGAAGAAUGGCAGCGACAUCCCAGCACCUAUGACUCCUUGCUUGGGGUCAAGAACUACUUCCCACCAGUGAUGAGAUGCCUUACAAAUGAGAUGCAUGAAUGGGAGGGCCCAGAGAAGGGUUGAACCUGGGAGUGUGGGCGGGGCAUGAGUACUCAGUGGGCAUGUCUACUAAGCCUCACUCUGGAAAGCGAUAUGCUACGUUCAUUUGAGAAGAGAACGAUAAAUGGGAGGUUGCUGACUUUUGCAAGUUUCGUCCACCGAUAGCCUAUAAUAUGUGAUGGAGGAUCAUUUAACACCUUUAGCAGUUGAUACUAAGACGAAGGGCCACUUUUAAACCAUGCCAGUCCCGAGGCCUUUUAGCUUUGGGCUGCAGGUCAUGCCACUAGCUCUACGAGGCCUCAGCUUUGACAGGAUGGAUCUGCCUCUGCGCUUCACUGCUUAGCGUGAUCAUUUCAGGAUGUCUGAUGUAGACACAGCCCUCUGUGACCCGAAAACCUCCCUGACCCGAUUUAAAACAGGCAAUAGCUGAAACUGUGGAUCUGUCCCAAAAGGCUAGAAAAUCUGAAGAAAGGCAAGCCAGUGUCCUUCAUGAUAAUUGGGUGGCGAUUGCAAAAAAAAUGUGUCACACUGAGCAAUAAUAUACUGUAAGUCCUCAAUUAUUUUCCAUUACUGUUAUUAUAUGGGACACGAUCUCCUUCAGUCCCAAGGUCAUAACUCAAUAGCUGCUUGAGGUGUGCUGAGAAGCUUCACUGUCUUCAGAAGCAAGACUGGGAAUGAAACAGAAAUUCAAAGAUUUUUUUACCCAGUUCAGAGCUUCCUAUAUAUAACUGGUCUUAAUGGAAUAAUGGAUAUACAGUAUGGAGAUAAUGAAACACACUAAUAUGGUCGUUAUUCACAUUUCUUUUUUUUUUUUUUUUUUUGAAUAAAUUCUUGGUUAUCUGAAGAUUUCCAGAUGAUCAUAUCAGGACAUUGGGAAUCUCUAAAGCAAUAGAAAUGUCACCGUUUUGGAAACAUGCAGUUCCCAUGCAACACAGACACUUUAUCACUGAUUGCAUUGUCUUAUUUGGUAGCCAUUUAUUGUAACAGGGGACCAAGCUUACAUGAGAGCAGGUUUACUAAAGUACAGUUUCAUGUGAUUAUCCACUACACACUAACACGUAAGCCGUUUUAAAUUUCACUCCUCAGUUCUGAAAUGCUGUAAGGGAAUUCUGGUAUAUGUGUAAAUGGUACUUUUCAUGUUUUUGAAGACGAAAUGAUGGGAGUUUGAGAAACAUGACAUAGACCUGAUAUCUCCCAGCCCAGGUACAGGUGCCCACCUGCUCUGUGUUAAUCCAGGGUCAU